CUGUGACCGUCAUCACGAUGGCUGAUGGAGAGAAAACUUACAUGGUUGUCGCCGCCAUCGACUUCGGCACGACUUACAGUGGAUACGCCUUCUCCUUUCUGAGCGACUACACGAGAGACCCCCUCAAAGUGUACAACAACACACGAUGGGAGAAUGAGGGGGACGGAACCUUUAAGGCACCCACUUCCAUUCUCUUUGAUGAACAUGAGCGUUUUCGUUUCUUUGGAUACGACGCCGAGAAAAAAUAUGCUUCUUUGGUGUCUGAAAACGAGGAGGAUGAAGAAAGCGGGGACGAUUUGCCCAAUGAGAAUCAUCAAAAUUGGUUUUAUUUUCGUAGAUUUAAAAUGACACUGUUUAAGGCUAUAUCUCAAGGAGGGAGACCUAGGGGUAAACGAAUCACAGAGGAUAUGCAGCUCACUGCUCACAAUGGAAAGAAAAUGUCUGCCAUCAAAGUAUUCUCCGGGGCGAUACGGUUCUUGAAAGAUCACUUGGACGAAGCUUUAGUAAAGCAGCUUGAGAGCAAGGACAAGAGCGGGAAAGUUACAAAGCAGACGUCAUGGGCAGACGACAUACGUUGGGUUCUCACUGUUCCCGCCAUCUGGUCAAACGAAGCCAAACAGUUUAUGAGGAGAGCCGCCGAACAGUUAGAACCAGAAGCGGCGGCAAUAUUUUGUAAGCAGAUUGCACUGAGCAAGGAAAAUGACGAGACGGAAGUCAGGGCAUAUCAGCCAGGAAAGAAAUAUAUGGUGGUCGACUGCGGGGGUGGGACAGUUGAUGUAACGGCGCAUGAAGUGGCCCAAGAUGGGUCUCUGAAGGAACUCCACUGCGCCACUGGCGACGCUAUUGGUGGAACCAAUGUCGACAAAAUGUUCUUCGAUGCCUUAGAUCAAUGGUUCGGGGCUGAUGUGAUAAAACAAUUUAAACGUAAUCGUGCCUCCGAUUGGUUAGAAUUGGAGAGAAGUUUUGAAUCCAAAAAGCGAGGCAUCGGGCGAGAUGAAGAAGACAAAGUUACGUUCUCAAAUCUGGGAAACCUUUGCCAAAUAUAUAAAUCACAAUCGGGUAAUUCAGUCAAAAAUAGAUUUGCUGAUCUUAAAUUGCAGCAACAAGUAAAAGUUUUUAAGGAAAACAAGCUUCGAUUUGAACCCCGGUACUUGAGGGAGCUUGUGUUUGAUGCACCGAUCAACGCAGUGGUUAAUCACUUAGAACGACUUUUUCUGAACCCUACAGUAUCAGAUAUCGACACCAUCUUACUAGUCGGGGGUUUCUCGGAAUGUCCUUUACUUCAACAGAAAAUCAGAGAUUCCUUCCCAAACAAAUUAGUUACUAUUCCACCAGAGCCCAACCUAGCUGUCUUACAAGGCGCUGUCAUAUUUGGUCACAGUCCCAAAAGCAUUUCACAAAGACUAAGUCCAAGGUAUUACGGUAUCGCGACCAACGUUCCAUUUGAAAGAGGAAAACACCCUGGAAGUAACUUGAUGAAUAUUGAUGAUAUGGAUGUCUGUACUGAUGUAUUUAAAUGCAUGAUCGAGAAAAACGCCCCUCUCACUCGCAUUCAAAAGACGUUUACUACUGCUUCUGAAAAUAGCCCCCAUGCAAACAUAGAAAUCUAUGAAUCUGACAGUCGGGUUUUCUUUUGUAAUGACUCUGGAUGUCGUAUGUUGGGUACAGUGGUUGUAGAGUUUGAAAGUUUGGCCAAGGACAAAAAACGGGAAGUCGACGUUUCCUUUGAAUUUGGAUCCACCGAGAUUUAUGUCGUUGCACAAGACAAAGACACGAUGCAUACCCAGAGAGCAAAGUUUGAAUGCCUGAAGAAAUGAAUCUAGCUCGGUUAUUUUACUGUGCGUGUAUAAUUUUAACAUUUAAACAUUUCUCAGUUGUUUUGUUUAUACAUUCUCCAAAUACAUAUAAAAUA